CAAGCGAUUGUCACUUGCCAAACAUAGUGAAAACUUGAAAAGUUGCUUUUUUUGUGUCUCCCGUGGACUUUUUUCCAGGGAUUACUAAUUCGCGAAAAAACGCGCGGUUUAAUGCGUGCCAUUUUGUAGGCGGCUUGCAGUGUGAAAUUCUAAAGCGUAUAUAGCAUAACGCUAAAAACGCCUGCGUUAGUAGGGAUCGGUCGCUCUUCCACCUCCACACCUUCGCCACCUCCGCCGCUGCCGCCGCCGCCGCUGGGAACCUAGCACAGGUCCAGUUUGUACAUAUAUACAUAUAUAUCUAUAUGUAUAUAUUUAUAUAUGCAUAUGUAUGUAUAUAGUGCUAGUUGCAUACGUAUGUGACGCGUGUAUUAUGUCAUUUAUUUAUAAUAAAUAGCAUAAAAGUUGACAAUAUGCAAACAAAUGACCGCUGAGUGUUGCACCAAAGAGUGAGAAAUAUAAACACGUAAAAAUGUAGACUGUUUGUUCGUGAGUGUGUUUGUGUGUGUGCGUGCGUGCGUGUGUGCCGCAGAUAAUGGAUGUUUAGCCGUAUAUAAAUAUAUACGUAGCUUUAGAAAAAUAUAUAUUCGUGCAUACAUACAUGUGUAUGUGUGCAUGUAUGUGAAGCAUAUGCGACGCAUCAAGUCGUCGGCAAUGUUCCUUGCCGCCUACGCUAGAGUUGGCAACAACAUUAGCUUUAGCCCAGGCUCAAGCCCAGUAGCUAUAAUUUAGAGUGUCUCUACCAAUUUAACAAAACACGUCCAAAAUUCAUCAACAACAAUAACCAAUGGCUACAUUUAAUGCAACAAGCAGCGCGGAUGUUUUGAGUUCCUCGGUUGGCGCUGCCACCGCAGCGGCACCAACAUUUCUAAUGCCCUCCACAACUACGGCAGCUGGUGGUAGUGCAACAGUGGGCACUCUUGGUGGGCAUCCGCUGCAUUUGGAACCGUUUGGUGCUAUGCCCGCACAUGCACAGUAUAUGAACGCAGGUGCUGCGUCGUUGCCGUUGCCGUUGCCAUUGCCGUUGCAGCAGCAUCAUCAUCAUCAUCAGCAGACCAACUCGUCCUCGUACACAUUUGUGCAGAUCAAACGAGAGCCUUGUCAGGUGUCUGAGAUAAGUUCUAACAAUUGUCAUCAGCAGCAGCAACAGCAGCAAAACCACCAGCAGCAGCAGCAUCAUCUGCAGACAGCGUCCACUUCCCUUGGCCUGGGCAGUGUUACCUCAUCAUCCGUAACGGCGUCGGCCACAAAGACCAUGUCUGCAUCUACACUCACCACGUUGGUCAAAAUCGAAGCCUCCUCGCCAAAGGUAUCUGAUUUGGAAAAGUCCACGUCUAGCACAAACAAUUCUGUGCCCAUUGGAAUUGCCGUGGCACGCAAACGUCCGCAGGAGACGAGCAGCGCCUCACUCAACAGUGGCUCCACGCUGCCCCUACAGCCGCCACUCAACAAGGACAUGAACUGCUUUGGCAUACGUGUCGCUGAUCUGGCAGGCGCCACCAGUUGCGGCAAUCUGUAUUUCACGGGAAACGGUGAUUUGAUGACAACGGGCACAGCCACCGCCGAGGAGCUGGCACUGAGCGCCGCGGGCGUCAACAGGACGCCCUCCACCUUCUGGCAGUAUCCAAAUGCAUUGCCCAUUGAAUCAGUGAUUUCCAUGUCGCCCGCCACGGUGGGCUUGCAAUACUCGCGCGAGGCCAGUCGCGGUCAGGUGGUGCUGCUGCCAGCGGCACCAGCAGCGCUUGGCAUAUCAAAUUUUCCCCUCUUAACGCCCACAGAUCCGUUCCAGCAGGCAGCGGCGGCGGCGGCCUUCGUCUGGCCAUCAGCUUACAUACCACAGAGUACGCCCGGUGCUGGGCCAGCCGCCGCAGCCGCUGCGCUGCAACCACCGCCCAACUUUAUAUUCCCCUCGAUGGGCGCCCACUCCGCAUUGGGCGCAACAUCUCCGUAUGCAUCCACGUUGCAGCUAUAUCUGGCCGCAGCGGCCACCGCCACGGGCAGCUCGACGCUGUGCCAGCACAGCAAUCAGCAGACCAGCAGCACCACAACGACCAACUCCACCAUCAAUCUGAGUCUGGCUGCUGCCGGCGCCGGCGUCACGAGCAGCACCAGCAGCAGUAGCCUCAGCAGCUUGAGUUCCACCAGCAGCUCACGAUUCCUCAGUCUGGCAGCUCAGCCGCCAUCCGUGGCCCCUAAGCCUCUGGCCAUGAGCUCGCUGCUGUUGCCGCCCGCUGGCCUCAAGCUGGAGGACUAUCCGAUUGCGCAGCCGUUGCCGCUGCCGGAAGCGGUACGGGAUACUGAGCAACAGGCUCUCAAUCUAAUGCGUUUGCCAACGCCGCCCACUUCGGCGACCAUCGAGCCAAUGGCAACGCCGCUGAGCCAACCAUUGCCUCAUCAAAUACUCCUCCAAGCGGCGCCAAGCACGCCGACGCCGGCGCUGCUCAAUCUGUCAAUGCAUAGUGCAAGCGCCGCCGCUGGCAUUGUUGCCGACACGCCCACCCCGAGCGACGAGGCGGCGCUCAACUAUAAGUUGCAUGCGCCACUGACACCGCAGACGCCGCCGCGCCUGGGCGCCGCCACAUUGCUGCCCCAGAUGCAAGAUGUCAACAUACAGACAGAUACGCCGGUGUGCAGCGAGGAUGAGAACUCUUCGUGUCCGCUGAAAGCGACGCAGGAGGCGUGCGAAUCACAGUUACCCCUCGAGCUGACCAAACCCAGUGAGCCCCUCAGUGCCCACACCAACCACGCCAAUCAACCAAAUGAGUGCCAUACCCAAACGAGUCCCAGUGACAUGAUUAGUGCCAGUCUCAGUGCCAGCGAGCCGAUGGAAGUGCCCACGGAGCAGUUGCCUGUGCAACAACAGCAACAGCAACCACAACACCAACAGCAGACAGCGCCCGAGGAUCUGACCGGACUGGUGCUGCUCUCAAACAUCAGUACCAACAGCACGCCAUUGUUGCGCGUCAAGCAGGAACCGGUGGAGCACCAUGAAUCCGUGCCAGCAAUGAUGCCAGUGCCGCCAGCGGAGUCGGCGCCCAUGCAGCAAUUGAUGAAUGUGGAGCGAACGCAGUCGGAGCCGCUGGGCGGCUUGAAGCUGCUCUGCGCAUUGGCAUUGCAGGAGGAGGAGCAGGGCAGUAGUCUGUUCGCCACUCCAACGUCGCGCACACCUUCGUCUCGAGCGGCUUCUCCGCCCAUCGAUGCGAAUAGCUCGUAUGGCUGUGUGUCACAGCCGACACAGCCCUCACAGCCGUCUGAUUGUUGCCCUCCACAGGAAAUGUUGCACACCUCACCCACGUUUCCCUCCAUGCAGGGCAUUGAGCUGCCCAGCACGUCCUUCGCUGCCGUAGCCGCCGGCGAGCUGACGCCCGCUAAGCGCAAGAAGCACAAACAUUCCAAGUCGAACUCAGUGUCCGGGGAGAGUCGUAAAUCCUCGCGCUGCAGCAAGAAGAGCAAGAAGAAGCGCCGCCACAGCAUUAGUCGACAGCAGCAACAACAGCAACAGCAGCAACCGGAGGACGAUGCACAGCUCCAGGGCGAGGAGCUGCAAUCGGAGCUGCGCAGCGCUCUGCACACCAUUGAUCCCAGUUAUGCGCAGCGCUUUGGCCAGGAAGUCUUCUCCAUCAUGGACAAUAGCAUGCGCAUGCGUUUGGCCGACAUCACACGGCAGUAUCGUAAGAAGAAGCGCAAGCUAGACGAGAUUUCCAAGCACAAGAAGAAGAAGAAGUGCUCCAAGCAGCUGUUGCAGCUGCAACAGCAACAACAGCAGCAACAACAACAGCAACAGACGCUACCACUGCAACAGCCGCUACAUCAGCCGCAGCUAACACUCGGCUCAACGCUUUCGGGAGUCCUGGGAACUGCGUCACCGUUGCGAGAUUAUAAGUUUCCGAAAUUUUCAAGUGGAAACUUGCAGGCGUCGACCUUUUUGAGAUUCCCAGAAAAGACGCAUUCGUUUCCGCCGCCACCGCCGCUGUUGCAGCAGCCGCAGGUGGAGCCCAGUACCUUGCCAAGCAGCAACUCGCCGAGCACAUCGUCGUUUGUGCGUCUCGAGCCUAGUGCUUUAGAUGCGGCAGUUGCCGCUGCUCCAAUUACCUCGUCCAGUUCUUCCAGCUCCUCGCACAAGCAUUCGCACACGAGCAGCACAAAAUCGGCGGCGCGCAAGGAGCGCAAGCUGAAAGCGAGCGCAGUCGACGCGCAAGCGGUCACCGAGGCCAAGCGACGAUUUAGCGCCGCAGAUGCCGAACUCCAGCUGACCAGUGAGCACCUGUACCGCGAUGAGACACGUGUGCUCACCGAUAUGGGGGGCCUGUUCUAUGCGGGGGUCAUGAAGCCGCUGCGUCCGCCAGACGUCUAUGCCAUAACCUUGGACGGCGAGCGCGGCAACAAGUCGCAUGUCAUGUCGCGCGAGGACAUACUUAAGGAUACGAUUCUCGAGGUGGCUCCGAAGAGUGUGGAGGAUGUGCCAGUUGGCACACGGCUAUGCGCCUAUUGGAGCCAACAGUAUCGUUGUCUCUAUCCUGGUCGUGCCAUCGACUCUGAGCCAGUCGAGGAAACAGCUCCGUCAGCAGCGUCAGCGGUGGGUGCAACGCCACAGGACUUUGUCAGCGUGGAGUUCGAUGAUGGUGACAGCGGCAGGAUCCGCUUGAAAAACAUUCGCCUUCUACUCAGCAACUAUCCCAUUGCAGAGUACAACGAUAAUCCCCUUUACUCUGUAGGCAAGCAGAAGCGUGGCGCAAUGCGCAGCGGCGACAGUGGCGCCGGAUCCGCCCAUGAGCAAACAGGAGCGCCGAGCGGCGACGAUUCGCACAGCCAUCAUGGAUUUAGUAUGAGCAGCGAUAAUACAACCUCGCUGGCUGCCACCAUGGAGCUGUUCACACAGCGCAGCGAGAAGAAGCGCCUGAAGAAGAGUCUAAAGAAGUUAACGAAAGCCCAGAAUGGGAUUGGCCAGGCUGGCGAGUUGAAUGAUUUUCAGAAUGGCGGCGGCGAUGCAGUUGCGGCCGGGGAUGCCGCCAGUCUGGAUGAUGGCAGCCGCAAGCAUCAUAAGCACAAGAAGCGCAAGAAGCAUAAGAAGCACCACCGCAAAAAUGCCAACGAAGAGGCUGAGCCAGUUCAGGAUUACAUGACGACGGCUGAGGAUCUGCAGCCAGCGGUAGAAGAACCUGAAAAUCAUGCGCCAAUUAUGCAACGAGUUAAGGUUGAGCUGAAAGUAAAGGCGGAGCAGUUGGACAUCGAAGAGGAGACCACAUCUAACUUAAUGUCCGAGGUAUCCGAUGAGGUCAAGGGCGACGAGCUGGUUGAGCACAACAACUCCAAGGGCAGCAGCAAGAUUGCGGCCUUUUUGCCAGAGCGGCAACUGUGGGGUUGGUUUGGAACCGCCUAUCGCAAGGCGGGCGUCAAGGGACGCGCCAGAAAGCAAUUUUAUAAAACAAUCAAAAGGGGCAAGGAGACUAUAACGGUCGGGGACUGUGCAGUAUUUCUAUCUACGGGUAGACCGGAUCGCCCCUACAUUGGACGCAUCGAGUCCAUGUGGGAGACCACGGCUGGCAAUAGAGUGGUGCGCGUGGCGUGGUUCUAUCACCCGGAGGAAACCACGGGUUGUCCUAAAUUGAAAUAUCCGGGUGCUUUAUUUGAAUCGCCACAUGAGGAUGAGAACGACGUGCAGACUAUAUCGCAUCGGUGCGAGGUGCUGCAGUUUGUCAACUACGUUGGCAAGUUUGGCACCGAUUCGAAGCAAUAUCAAACCAUAUAUGAUAACAAUGAUACAUAUUAUUUAGCCGGGCACUAUAACCCAAGGUUGCAAGUGCUGAAACUACAAGACGAUAUUCCAACUCUCGAAGAGCUGCAGGAUACUACAACUACUACUACUACAACUACUACUACGGAGGAUUAAGCGAUGCGUGGUUAGGAUUAGAUAUAGACAUAGACGCAGUGCAUACAAAAUCUAUAUAAAUCAUAUAUAUAUAUAUACAAUAUAUACGUUAUACAUAUAUUUUACAAUGCGUGAAACAAAAGAAGCAGAUAUAUACCUUUAUGUAUACACAUAUUAUUUCUAUAUUUUUAAUUGAUUAAAUAAUGUAUUCUAAACGCAUACAAAAAAAAAGAGGAAAACAAAUUUAAGAGAAAAGAAAAUUGUGAAAGAGAGAGAGAGAUGAUUCAAGGAACUAAGCGAAAUCCACUAAAAUAGUGUAUAGUAAAAUCGCAAGCAAUUUUAAGAUUUAUUUUGUAUAAA